GUAAUACACAUUUCUUUUGUGUUGAUGGCUUUAUAUUAGGGAAUCUAGUGAGAUAUACAAAAGGCUGUUCACUUUUUUUCUUUUGUGUCCUUGAGGAAAGGAUCGAUCUUCCAUCGAUGGAGUCGCAAAUACUUGGCGGGCAAGUAAGGUUCAAACCUGAAAGAGAUUAUUUCCAUGGAUACUUGGUCGGGCCUUCUCGUAGGGAUAAAGUGCCGUAUGAUUAUGAAGCCGUUGAAUGGGAGAAAUCGUUAGCUGUUCUGUGGGUAAACGAGACAACAGGUGAUUAUGUCGUUGCUUGGACUUUUAUGCAGCGUUACUUGUUCUCAUACAAGAAAGGAGAUGGUUUUUGGCGAGAUUUGAAUUCUAAUGGAAAAAGUUUGGUUUUGUUUGAUAUGGCUUGUGAGAACAGUAUGCUUUAUCUGUUGACAAAUGAUCAUCGCAUCAAGAUUUUCUAUAUCUCUGGAGAUUUUUUCACAGGAGAACAAAACCGGUAUUUGGGUAGUCCGUUUAACUUCGUUGCGCAACCGUGGGAAUAUAUUUGGAAGAGGAAACUAGCGAUUCGGAGAUCAGGAGAGGUACUGAUAGUCUUAAGCUUGAAACACAAAGUGAAAAAGGAAGAGAAACUUUUGUUUUACAUCUUUAAGAUGAAUCUUGAGAGUUGCAAGUGGGAAAGAGUUUAUUCUAUUGGAGAUGAGAUGUUGAGUUUUGGUCGUGGGGUUACAGUACCUCUUGCUCUUAAAGAUCUUGGUGAUGGAAUCAAGAGUGAUUCAAUCUAUUUUGUCGACGAAGAUGUUUGGCCAGAUCAUAAAGAUCAUGAUCACCGUGUUUCAAAUUGCGGUGUCUUCGAUAUUGCCACAACGAUGGACACAACUAGAAAUGGCGAUUGGUCCAAGCUUUGUCCCGAUCUUUUGCGCAAGAUCUUCAAAAUCUUGAAGAGCCCUGUUGAUUCUCACCGAGCAAAAACCGUUUGCUCAAAUUGGUAUUCCGUUUGGAAAACAUGCUCGAACAAGCCUCGAUGUCCAUCGUGGAUCAUACACCAAGGUGAUUCUACGACCAAACAAAGCAAAAGAAAAGUCGCCGGAAUCUCAAAGACAAGCUAUUGUAUAGCUAGCUCCGGAAAUUGGGUUUUGAUGGUUGAUCGUCGUCUCAAAUUCUAUAUUCAUAACUUGUUGACGAAGGAAAGGAUCAAUCUUACAUCAAUGGAGUUGAAGAUACGUGGCGAUAAAGUAAGCUUCAAAGGAGGAAGCAAAAGUUCAGAGUAUGGAUAUAUGGUCGGACCUUCUGGUAAGGAUUACGUGUCGUAUGACGAGCCAGAUUAUUAUUGGAAAAACUCAUUAGCUGUUUUGUGGAUAAACGAGACAACAAGAGAUUAUGUUGUUGCUUGGACAUUCAAACAAAAGUACUUGUUCUCACACAAGAAAGGAACUGGUUUUUGGUGUAAUAUGAAUCUCAAUGGAAAAGGUUUGGAUGUUUUGGAUAUGGCUUGUGAGAAGAGUAAGCUUUAUCUCUUCACAAGUGAUUAUCACAUCAAGAGUUUUUAUUUCUAUGGAACUAAGUACAUUGAAUUUGAAAGUGGAAAUAUGCAACAGAUUAUAUCUUAAGUAUGCUGAAAGUAGUAACACUCAAAAUCUUCUUCUAACUCUAAUACCAUUUGCUAGAUAUGCGGAAAGUGGAACAGACGAACCUAUGUUGGGCAGCAUCGCACAUCGGGACAUCCCAUGUCUAUCGAUGAUGCAAGAAUAAAAAUCUCUAUCCAUU